UUGUCUUGUAUUAUUAAGGGAGAACACGGCCAACUGAUUACUAAACACUACCUUUGUUUCCUUCCUUUUCUUCUUUGGGUCUACGUUCACACCCUGUGAAGGUCCUCGAUCAUUCUCUGUAAGUUUUCCUCUGAGUCUGUGGAGGCCUUCACUUUCCAUCCUGGUUCCAAACAAUCCCAGGCUAGCCCGCUCUGCCUCCUGUCACACUCUUUUCAUAAACACAGAGGAACAAAAAUGAACAACUACCAAAAGAAAAUCGGAAUCGUACUGGCAGGCAUCACUGCGGCCCUCGCGCCGUACCUCUGGGGGGCCGCCCGCUACGGCGGGCCGCUCCUGGAGGCGCGGCGGGAGUGGCAGGCUGCCGGCCCACACACAACGGCGCUGGGAGAGCUAAGGCAGCGUCUGGCCGGCGCCUGGUGGCUCCCCGGCGCGCUGCGCCCUGCACCGCCCCGGGAUCCCCUGAUGGAGUGUGGCCUCCCCGCCGGCGACGGCUGGUGGGACGUGCUGCGGCUGCUGGCCGGGGCCAAGCGGCAUCUGGACUGCCUGCACGAGCAGGUACGGCAGGCUGAGGAGGAGCAAGCAGGUUUCGUUAGAACUCUGCUAGUUUGCGGCUGCCUGCUGCUGCUCCUGGCGAUGUUGGCGGCCCUGGCUGCCGUGGCCUCCAGCCCACCGUCCCGCCGGGAAGGAGGUGAAGAAACAGGCCUGAACGUGACACCACCUGAUAAGGGGGGCGAUGAAAAAAAGCAAGAAGAAACACACCUGGAGGAGGUGAAGGAGUGUGUCCAGGAAGGACCACGUGACACGGAGACACCCGCGGCGACGGGGAAGGAGGCGGGUGAGGAAAGGAUGACAGAAGUAGGAAAUGAAGGAGAGGAGCACCCGAGUGACGGGUGUGUGGAGAAGAUGGGAGAAGAGACGGAGACAGAAGGCGAAGAAGGGUUGGAAAAUGAAGAAGACUUGGAAAAAGGAGAUACAGAAACCAAAGAAGACUUGGUAACUGAAGAAGAGACAGAAAAGGAAGAAGAGAUGGAAAACAAGGAAGAGGUGGAAAGGGAAAAUGACGAGAAUAAGGAAGAUGAAGUAGACAAUGCAAACGAGGAGAAUAAAAAUGUAGUACAUAAGGAAACUGAGGAAGACAUUGAGAAAGAAGACCACAGACAAAAUACAGACAAUGAGAUGGAAGGGAAUGAAAAUGACGGGCAGAAGGAAAAUGAAGAAAAUACUGCGAGGGAAGAAGGAAAUGAAAAUGAAGAACAGGAAGAAAAUGAAGAAAAUAUUGAGAAAGAAGAAAAUAAAAAUGAACACAAAGAAAAUGAAGAAAAUAUUGAGAAAGAAGAAGUAAACGAAAAUGAAGAACAAAAGGAAAAUGAAGAAAAUAUUGAGAAAGAAGAAGAAAACGAAAAUGAAGAACACAAGGAAAAUGAAGAAAAUAUUGAGAAAGAAGAAGAAAACGAAAAUGAAGAACACAAGGAAAAUGAAGAAAAUAUUGAGAAAGAAGAAGAAAAUGAAAAUGAAGAACACAAGGAAAAUGAAGAAAAUAUUGAGAAAGAAGAAGAAAAUGAAAAUGAAGAACACAAGGAAAAUGAAGAAAAUAUUGAGAAAGAAGAAGAAAAUGAAAAUGAAGAACACAAGGAAUAUGAAGAAAGUAUUGAGAAAGAAGAAGAAAAUGAAAAUGAAGAACACAAGGAAAAUGAAGAAAGUAUUGAGAAAGAAGAAGUAAAUGAAAAUGAAGAACACAAGGAAUAUGAAGAAAGUAUUGAGAAAGAAGAAUGUUCCCAAGCCGCGGACAACACGAACACCGUCGAGGCGACAGACGAUACGAGUCAUGCCGCAGAGUCUAGCCCGUCCGCCAAAACUUUAAAACACGUUCAUGCAACCGAACCCCAAACGCAGACCAGUGCCACUCCUCCUGUGCCACGCCAAGCACCUCCUCAGACACCCACCCGUGCCCCUUCGUCUGCUUCACCCUCAACAACGACACCCCCGCCAGCCAACACCGCCUCUUUCCUACCGCCAAUUCCCCGCCCGCCGCCCCCCUGGGACUGCCCUCCCAAGGGUUAUGACGGCAGCCGCCGCGCGCUGCACCAGGAACUACUGGACUUUCAUCGGUGGGCUGGCGGCUCAGACGCCGAGUACCAGCGUCGCCUGCGUCCAGUGGAGGACCUGCGGCGUGUGGUGGUCACAAUGUGGCCUCAGGUGCGCGUCGAGGCCACCGGCAGCCUGGCCAACGGCCUCUAUAUGGCGGACAGCGACGUGGAUGCGACACUGCUGGGCCACUGGCCCGCGUCACCCUCUCCACUGCUCGCACUCCGCGACGCCCUCCAGCGGGAGGGCGUGGCGCGGCUCGGCCAGCUCACCGUGCUGGAAAAGACGACGGUUCCACUGGUCAAGUUCGUCCACCAGGCGACGGGCUUGCCCGUGGACGUGUCCUUAGGCAGCGAGGCGGCCGUGCGCGCCGCAGAGCUGGUGCGGGAGUUGUUGCGCCGCUUCCCGGCCCUGGCGCCCAUCUCACUGCUGGUGCGCCACUACCUGCGUGGCCUGGGCCUGGCAGAGGUCUUCACGGGGGGCGUGUCAUCCUACGCCGUCACCCUUAUGGUCACCAGCUUCCUGCAGCUGCAGAUUCCCCCGGACGCCCAGCACGACCUCGGGUGGCUGUUGGUGAGCUUCUUCGCCUUCUACGGCUAUGAGUUUAAUUUCGCCAGCACGGGGAUCAGCGUAGGGGGGCGCGGCCGCUACCUGCGUAAGGAAGACGUGCCCAUCGUGAUGCCGCGCGGCCACCGGCGGGCGGACCUCUGCAUCCAAGACCCGCUCUGUCCCACCAACGACCUGGGGCGGUCCUCCUUCCGUGUCUGGGACGUGCGCAGAGCCUUCCAGCACGCCUACCGAGUGCUGGAAGCCGCCCUUUUCGAGCCAGGCGUGUACGCCUCCCCCUGCUCCCUGCUCGGCCAGCUGCUGGCGCGGCACGCCACGCCCCAGCGAGUCCUGCCAAAGUGGACGCCUCCACCCGUCCCAGCAGCAACAGGAGCCAGCAGGACUGCCUAUGAGCAAAAGAAACAAGGUAUUGUUAAAAGAGAUAAAACCACGUCUAACACAAAGAAUAAGAAACUCGCAGCACGAGAUGAAGUAAACCAGAUAAAUCAUAACGACAUUGACGACCGUGCGCUCCCUCUCGCAGAGGCUGAACACCGAAGCAAGCACAGGCCCGGCCAGACCCGGAAAGACGACUUCAAGAAGCCAGAGCAGGCACCGCCCCCCCAGCCAACGCGCACAGGGCCGACUGUCAGGGUGCUGAACCGGCACGGACGAUUCGUGACGAUCUCCAGGAAGGAGGCGGCGGACGGGGCUUUCCACAACCAGCGGUUUCAUUAAUUAAUAAACCCUUCAAAGCCUAGCAUGACCGUGAUAUUUUUCUACAUAUGCAUAUACGAUUAAAAGAAGUGAAGAAAGGUAAAUUUUUCCGUGUCACAGUCUAGUGUACGAUAGCCUGUUGAAUUCAGCCUUCCCAAUCCGGAGUAGGCAGCCACAGAAUGAAGACGUGCUGUAAAGUUGCAGCCAUGGACAGACAACAAAAGUAAGUCCUUACUUUUUUCAUAAGAACAUAAGAACAUAAGAACAUAAGAACACAGGAGUCUGCAAGAGACCGGUAGGCCUGUACGAGGCAGCUCCCCUGAACCUAAGCUCCCGUGUAUCUAGCCCCACCAAAUAUCGCGGUCCAUGAAUUUAUCUAAUCUAUUUUUGAAUGUGACAAUUGUAUUGGCACUCACCACAUGACUGCUAAGCCUAUUCCACUCAUCCACCACCCUGUUUGUAAACCAAUUUUUGUCU